CCUUCCUUCCUUCCGUCCGUCCGUCCUUGCUUGCGCCUGCGAGGCCGGGGCGGACCUGCGCCCGCUGACCCGCCGCCGCCUCACCAGCCUCCCGAGAAGCGGCAACGGACCAUCGAGGACUUCAACAAGUUCUGCAGCUUCGUCCUGGCCUACGCCGGCUACAUCCCUUCCUCUAAGGAGGAAAAUGACUGGACGCCCUCCGGCUCCAACUCCCCCAUCCGCCCCGAGAGCGUGGUGGACAGCGACGGCUGGGAGUCCACGCAGUCGGACCUGCACACCAUCGAGACCUUCGUGAAGAAGGCCAAGUCAUCCAAGAAGAAAGCCGCGUUCCGGCGCCUCAAGUCGGACAGCUCGCUGCUGGAGAAAAUGAAACUCAAGGACUCCCUUUUCGACCUAGAUCCCGUCAGCAGGCAGCCGCCACCCCUGGCGGGGCCCAAAGUGGCCUCGGAUAAGAAGAAGGACAAGCGGAACCGGAAGGCUGCCUCGGAAGCUGGGGGCGCCAAGCGGAACCGGGGCGACCCGGUGGGGGAGAAGCGCUCGCGGAUCAAAGAGAGCAAGAAGCGGAAGUUGAAAAGGGCCGAGCGCUGCGAGAAGAAGCACAAAGCUUCUGUGAGCGAGACGGACUCGGAGGAGGAGGAUGGGGCGGCCCCUCUGCGGCCGGGCGGGGAGGAGGGGGCGGCCAUGGCCCGGGUCCCGGUCCAGGCUCCGCCAGAGCUGCUGGCCGCCACGUUCCCCAUUAAGCUGGAGGACGCAGAAGGCAAGGAAGGCGUCAGCACGGAGACCAGCCAGGACGGGGAAGGGAGCUCUAGCGAAGGCGAGAUGAGGGUCAUGGACGAGGACAUCAUGGUGGAGUCAGGGGAUGACUCAUGGGACCUCAUCACGUGCUAUUGCCAGAAGCCCUUCGCGGGGCGGCCCAUGAUCGAGUGCAACCAGUGCGGCACCUGGAUCCACCUCUCCUGCGCCAAGAUCAAGAAGACCAACGUUCCUGACAUCUUCUUCUGCCAGAAGUGCAAAGAGAGUUCUCGGAAGCAGCCGCCGCUGGCCCCACCGCCCCCCACGGCCCUCAGUGCAACUGCUGCCCUCGCGUCCCGGGGAGGCGGGGAGCCCUAGCACAGGAGGGGGCACGGCUCCUGGAGAGGGAAAAGACUGGACAGAGCAGGGGGCCUGCUCUGGAUUGGGGGCCCCUUUGAGCCUCGGGGGCAGAAGACGAGGCGCUGGGCAUCGGGGGUGGUGACGGCCCCAGCGCUUAUCGAAAUCGGCAGAUUCCGGCUAGGCCACGCCGGGCCCUUGCCUUAACCCCGCUCCUGCUUGUGGGCUUGACUCCGGCCCGCCUUCCCCUUCUGGGGACGCGCGGCGAUCGGAAGGUCCCGCGUCCACCGCGGGCUGCUGACGCUGGGGAAGGACGGCUGAGCAGAGCCUGCCGCUUCCUUGGCCCUUCUCCUGCCCUGUCCGGUUCCAGCGAAGCUCCUCUGUAAAUAGAAGACGAAGCGGUUUUUUCAGUUCCUGUUCCCUGGGUCGGUCGGUCG